AUGACGCUGAAGGUGUUGUGCCUUUUCAAAUGUCCAGCGUCCACAGUAACAGGAUGACAACGUCAUGGUUUCCUUUCCACUUACCGAACUUGACGAAUAAGUGUGAACAAAAUUGCGGCGAAAAUCUACGACUAGAAGUUAAGCAUCUUGAAUGUUAUUUCACAGAGAAUGAUACGUGUGAUAUUGAAUACAAUUUGUUUGUUUUUGCCUUCGAAAACUCCAGCAAAACGGUGUUAAGUAACAUAUGGGACUUUGGAAAGCUGGAGAAAGAAGAUAAGAAGAAUGGAUGUGUGAGAUUUCUCUUGAGACAGACGCUUUAUUUUCGUUCAUCGGGGGUACUACAGUCAACAUUUUUCGUGUUUGUGCUAACAAAAUGCAACUCUUCGAAGUCAACUGAUAAGUCGGAAAUCGGAUGGUGUUCAGUCAAAAUUAAUGAAGUUAUACGUAGCCCAUCCAAAUCAUCUUCGUGUAGUUUGCCUUUCUUGAAAGGAUCAUGUCGUCUAUUGUGCCUUCCAUUCGAAGCUUACAACACAUUGCUGGCGACUAACGAGAAUCACUGUAUUUAUUAUUCAUUGGAUUUACUCAAAGAACUAGAGAACUAUUCAUACUUGAUCCCGGUAAACAGAUUUGUUUCCACGCUGAGUUGCAUCCCUGGACUAAAUACAAAUAAUGAUUUGGAUACCUUGAAUAUUGGGAGUUUUGUAAAAAUUUUCGUCAAAGAUAUAUCAAUUACUAGUAAUUCUUCCCAGAUAGCAGAUUUUGAAAGCUAUUUGUGCUCGACUGUUUCAGAUGACUUAGCUGUUACUUCUAAUCAACAUGGAAUAUCUUCACCAGUCAGAAUGCAGGUUUACGAGAGAAGAGUAAAGACUUUCUUACACAACCGUUUUACUGUGGUUCAACCUGAGCCAGUGAUUUACUUGGACAAAGUCAUUGAGUCGGAGAGGGAAUCGUCUUCAGGGAGAAAAUCAUCAGCAACUUUGGUCGGUAAAACAGUAAGGAUCUCGCAUUCCAAUGUUGGUUCUGAGUCAUCGUCGAAAGAAUACCUCAUAGCACGCAAUGAUGCAGAGUUGCUUGUACCACAGAACCCUGGAUGCGCAGUUGUGUUUGUCCUGGAAUAUAUUUUAUCCGAGAUAAAUUCACCGACACCAAAAACGUUUCAUUGUACAGUAAGAUGGGCGAUAUAUCCACUUCAAGAUAACAUAGGAAUAUUGAAUAAUGCCGGGAAUAACUCAGUAAAUUUAAAUUUACCACUUCAAGGCAGUGUACGACCAAGUACAGCAAAUGAUUCAAAUAUUGGCCUUUCAUCGUCACCAUCAUUAUCUAUCAAUACAAAUAAGAUACGGAUUUCAGAUGCUGACGAUUAUGAGAAAUGCCUGCUGAGAACAGUAUGUCCAGAUGGAGGUUUGUGUUUCACGAAUAAUGUUCGUUCAACAAUGGAAUUAACUUUGAAUUGCACAAUAUCUGCUGGAAUACCAAAAGCGAUGAGUAAAAACGCUGUUGUUGAAGAUCCUGCCCUUAUAGCAAGGAUGCCCGUACCAGAUUAUUUCAUUCCCGAAACGGGACAUCAGUUUUCAGGAAGAGAAUCAAUCACUACAUCGGAGUCUCGAGCAGUUGCUGCUAUUCCGAGAAAGAAAAAGAUGCAACCAGUUCGACGGAAGUCCUCAUCAAAGUUCAUGAACAAAAAUGAUUUAGUCGAUGAUACUAAACAGUUUGAGGAUAUGAAUGAGAUGAAUACAAAGUUAUUAUCAGUUCCAAUCCAAGCACAGUUUAACUUAUAUACUCAACUACUACAACAACAAUAUCGACAACAACAGCGGAUAGAACUUUUCAACCCAGGCAGUGGAUUUCUAAAUCAUGGAAUGAUAGUUGGUCCUUACUUGGGUGGAAUUGGACCAACAAUGUACGAACCGAUUGAAGCAACCUCCUCACCUGUCAUUGGACCGUUUUUGAAUCGAAAUCCGAAUGAUUCUUUAUUUCUUUUAGAUAACAUUCAUCAUGGUGUUGGAUUAAGUCGAGCAGCUUAUGCUAAAAUUUAUUCAGCAGGUUUUGAACCAAUUAAAACAGAAAGUGGUGAUCCACCAUUCACAAUUGAUCCACAAACUGAUACAAUAGAUGAAUUUAAAUUUGUCAAAGAAGAAGUUGAUCUAUUAAAUCAAAAUGAAAUUAUUUUUCAAUUUCUAGCUUAUUCUGGGUUUGUAUCCAGGUCGUCAUCAACCGGUGGUCACAAUUCCCCUGAACAAAUCUAUUUUACUUUUCAGUUUUAUCGGUUUCCCCAGGUUGUAACAUCAACCUUAUUCAUUGGACAGUCUCUUGAUGAUUGCCCUAGUUCAAAUGGUGAUUCAUUUAGAACUUUGUGGAAAUCUAAGCGACAAAGAGAAAAGUCUUUUUCAUCGAUAGAAUUAAAUCCUUCCAUUGGGAAAAGUGAAAAUCAAUCGCCAGGAUAUAAAGUAAUUUUUCGUAUUGAUCCUAAUUACUUUAAACCUGGUGAAAUGGAAAUAUUUUUUAAUUAUCUACUUCGAACAACUAUGCAAAUUGAUGUUUGGAAUGCAAAAUCUCAUAUUCUAAUAGGAACAUGUAUGGUUGAAUUAAAACACCUUUGUCGUCAAGGUCGUGAAGCUGUUCAGAUCACGUACUCCACGGAUAUCUUGAAUUCAAACGACAAUUUAUUUGAAGAUGAAUCAAGUUCAUCAAGCCCUCCAGAUAUCCAAGGUUGUUUGCUCUUGCGACUUGCAAAUAUUGGACAUCGUAAAGAACUAAUAUGCAAAGAAAUUACGAUCAGAAAUAAUAACCGGAAAAAAUAUUUAAUUAGUCAAAGGGAUGCUACUUGUUUCAGAAAAUUUACAGGUGAUGAUCUCUCAAACAUGAAAUCAAAUGAUGACACAACAAGGAUUGUGGUUCGCGCGCAUAAAAUUAAACAAACUAAUACUGAACUACAAAGAAUGUUGAAAGUGGAUAGUGCCUCUGAAGAAAAAUCACCCAUGACAAUAAAAGCAAAUAAAUUGGUAAAAAAUCAGAGUGAAAUAGAAGACGUGACAACAUUAGAGAAACUUGAACGUUUACAUAUUUCAUUGAAAUCUGUUGAAGGUUUAAAAAAUGUAUGGGAUAAUACUAAACUAUCUGAAAAGUCGAAUAUAAAGACCUUAUUGUUAGAUGGAAAACCACAGUUGGAUACAAUUAGCCAUUAUAGAGAUCAAAAGAAACAUGAAUUAUUUGAACGAAUAAUCAAUAAAGCUACAACUAUUGAACAUGAACUCUCUACAAGUUUUGGUUGUACAGAAUUUUUUGAAUAUCAAUUAAAGAACCCUUUCAAUAUCGAAGAUACUGUUAAUGUGAACAUUGAAGAUGAUUCAAAUAGUUUAUCCUUUGUUAUGGAUCCACGUGAAGUACGUGCAUUAAAAUUAGCUUUCAAUAUCGAUACACCAACAGAAGAUGAUUUAUUUGCUCUGGAUAUGAAAAACAAUUAUCACGAUCACAAUAACAAUGAUAAUAUUGAAAGAAAAUCAUUGAAGAGAAACAAUGUUAUAUUGUUUCUCAAACCAAACGAAACUGUACUAAUACCGAUGAAAUAUGAAGAGGCUACGAUGUUUCAAUGUACUAAACAAUAUGAUGGCGUAGGCGAUAGAAAUCAAUUCGAAUUUACUUCAAGUAUUGAAGAUAAUCCUGUACAAAUGAAACGUGUCAUACAAGUUAUCUUCAAAUCAACAACCUACGGGAAGAUUAUUUCACAAUUAAUUCUACAUAUUCAUAUUCAACCACCAAUAAUUGAUCAUAGUUUUCGAUUUUUUCAUCCUGAAUUAAGUUUCAUGAAGAAAAUUCUACGUCUACCACGAAAUAUUAUUGAUUGGAGAAAUAGUUUUACUACAAAUAAUCGAACAAUUCAACAAGUUAACCAACGAAUAUGGGUUAGAGUAUCUGAUUCAGAUGUAUUAACUAUAUCUAAUGUUCAAGGUGAUAUAGUUGAUUUGUUGAUUAAAGUUGGCCUUGGGAAAUCUCCACAAGUACGUGAAUUUCUUAUGAGUAUUUAUGUGGAACCUUUUCAAAUUCGUCCAGCUUAUAUAUGGUAUUGGGCUAUACAUUCACUUCAACGUGUUGAUGCUAUUGCUACAGUUGGACAAUUAUCACCACCAAUAGGAUUGUUAUUACGUACAGAUGAUUUUAUGCCUAAUACCGGUUCAAAACGAAUUACUAUUUACACUAGUCAUCCAAAUGAAGUUUUCAUUGGUACAGAUUUUACUUCAAAUGAUUUUCAGAAAAAUCUUCCGGUUGAAGAUUUAACACUAUGUGUUACAUCACGUUCUGUUUAUGAGUUGAAGGUUAGACUAUGUCCAAGGUAUGUUGGUAAGAAAAGUUACCAAGUCAAUGUAGUGGACACAGACAAUCAACGUGUACUACGCGCCUGGAUCCUGUGUGUGGAUGCUAGACAACCAGAAAUAACAAAGUCUUUUAACAUAAAAUUACCUAAAAAAGAAAUUAGUACAGCUUGUAAUAAACGUAUUGCUUACACAAAUCCAUAUCAAUGUAAAAAAACAUUAAUACUGGAAACUAACCGAUCUGAUUUAGUUCAAUUUAAGGUAAGCAAAAUCUAAGCUAACCUUUUACAUUUAGUAAUAUGCCCAUUAAUUGUGUAUUGGUUUUAAAUGAAACCAGUCUUUAUAGUUGUAAUCAGUCAAAUUUAAGAAAUUCAGUUUCCUCAAUUCCGGACUCACAUUGCUGGUUGGUUUAUGCCUAAACGAAAAAAAUACUCAUUUUUAUUGAACACAAUUGCCAUAUCUAGAUUUUUUUUAUUAGUUUCGGUUGUACAUUUGUUAAUAUUAACCUGCGAAAUUAAACUCAUUGACUAGGUUCCAAAUCCAGCAUAAUGGUAGCGUAGUCGACGCUAUUAUAUAUGUAUUUAUAUAAAAUACAGACAAACAGGGAAAACAAUCCAUAAUACAAUACAGUGAGUUACCAAAGUUCUUACAAUUCAUGCAAGCACGACAUCAGGAAUUUAAGAAUAAAACCAAACGAAUAGAGAAUACGGAAAUAAACAAAAAAGACAAUGUAUACAGAUCGACGUAAACAGCUAAGUUUGUUUUACAGACACUAGCCAAACAUUUAGACGUUUCUACACAAAGUUCGGUCAAACAGUUAGAUAUUGAUGACUGGUAGUACGUCUUUUCUAAUUACCAGAUCGCUUUGACCAGUUUACAAAAACGAAUGAGUAAUACUUCUCCAAACCACAAAUAUGAUCAAUACUCUUUUGUUUAACAAAAAUGCUCGUCUUUAUUAAAUGAACCUCAUAAUUUGUAUUUGUAUAUGUUUACAACAUAUCGAACUCAUGAAGAAUCUGUAGAACAAUGGUGUCAGUUUAGUUAAGCUUCCUUAACUAAAUAUGUACUAUUUAAUAACAUAGACCAUGAAGCGAAAUAACGGUAGUUAUUGUUUGUUGGCUCUGAUUUCAUGAUUUAUUGAUGACUAGACAUAACUACUCAGGACUUGGAAGUCAUAAAUAUAUACUAAGAGAAUGCAAAGUAUAUUUCGUUACUCAUGAUCAACAUAACUCCUGGGAAAAUUGUCAUCGAUCCAUCCCUUCACAUUGCACUGAGAUGAAAUUAACAAAAUGAAUGACAAAAACGUCCAGAUAAUAGGAAUACCAAGUAUGUUAAGAAUUAAUACAGAGAGUAAAGUUCGAGAAGAAGGGAUGUAACAAGGGAUAAAGUUAGAAAUAUUGAAGUUCAAGAUUUAUGGAAAGGAAGAGAAUGGAUAGAUAUGCGCACUGAAAUCGAUUUUAAGUUGUGUCAACUGAAGUUAGAAAAAAACGGAUUUCUAGCAAAACAUUCCCAUUAAGUGUAUCUGGAAGCCUGAUAUCUUCCAAACGACAAAAAAGUACCGUUCAACUGAACGUUACUAUAUCUGCUUAGUGCCUUUGCCCAUCCAACUAACUUUUUAUACAUAUAUUGCUUCCAUGAAAUCAGUAAUUCAUAGACACCUACGUAAUAUUUACACUUUACUCUUUUAUCGUAAAUUAUGGGGAUUGACAAAAAAUUAGGAAUCCAUAAUGGAAAUCCCAGCAGCAGGAACGGUUCAGAUUGGACUACAUUUUGUUCCACAGGCAACAGUGGAUUCGGAACAGAUAUAUAUCUUCAUUAAAGAUGAACAAGGCAAAAAUUUGGAAACAUUUUUAAUCAUUGCUCAAUAUUAUUAAUGUUAACCUAAAAUAAAAUCCUGUUUAUUCGCAAUUCAUUACUCGUUAUUAUAUUUACUCAUUAGAACCUUUUCAGCGUUAUAUAACCAGUGACCUUUGAAAAAGUCACGCACUAAUACCAGUCUCUCGCGUCAACUUAGAUAUUCAGCACAUAUAACUAAGAUAAAUUAUAAAUUUCUCACUAGCUACAGUUUAUUGAAUCUACAAUGAAUGAAAUCAUUUACAUUUCUUUUCAAGAGCAUUAUAAGUUAACUAAUCAUUUUUAGGGAAAACUAGUAUAGUCACCGAAAUUUUCCGAAAAAUAAAUACUUGAAACUUCUAGCCACUAUUAGGUAAUAGGAAAUAAGUCCCAUAUUCUAGUCGCAGGAAGUAAGAUAUGGAUAUACAAUACUUAGUUUUAAGUUGAAGCUAUACUUCAGCAAAAUUUUACGUGUAAAUUCUGAUAAUUUACUUUAGCAUAUAGAUACUCGAUCGAUGAGAAAAUGUUUACACAGUUACAUAUCUCAGUGAUACUUACUUUAGGGAUAGCCUAUUACUGAGUGUUUGGACAUUUGCGCAGAAGUAUAUGGAACACAGAUAUUAUGCAGAGAAAUGACUGCUUGGUUAGACCGCUUAACUUUCAACCAACCGAUCGAAAGUCAAGCUACUUCAGUGUUUAUGGUACCUUUUAUUUCCGAAUUCCUUGAUAAGUGCUCAAAAACAGGGACAUAUACUCUUCUCCCUGUUAUUUUAAUGUGCUUUGUCACGCAAAAUGUGUUAAUUAAUUCACUUUAAAGGUGUUCAACAACGGGAUCUAGGUUUAUAUACUCAGCUUUAGAACAUACAUUUUAUAUUACGAACGUUGAUAAUUUGUCCAGGAUCGACGUUCGGUAAUCAUCCUAAGUAAUCAACAAAUACAGGACAUCCUGUCUAAACUUCGCUGAAACAGACUGAAUUCAUAAUUGUCUCCGAUUCCUAAGAUUGUUCCUCUGACAGAUCACCAGUUAUUACACAUAAAGUAGCGAGGACUUUACGCUGUGAUUUUUUGACAAAUAGUUAAUCUAGAGAUAACUGAUGACCGACUAAACUCUUUUUUACCUAUAGUAAAAAAUAUUUUCCAUAAGUGCUAGACUUAACCAUAGAGAUGUGAGAAUGCCAACAACUUCAAGUGUUAGACAAAAAUAUUACUGGUGUAUUAUUUGCAUAAGCGGACAUAAAAGACACUUUCUUGUGAAACAAUAAUGAACAAGCCUAUACAUCUCGUAGCAUGAGGAAGAUAGUAUCAUUUGUAUCAGUAAUAAUGAUACUAAUUUGGCAUUGUCAGUGAUGCACCGCGCUGACUGCAUGACGACAACGACUGUGUGAUGCUAAAACAUAUGUAUUCUACUACCUGGAUAUAUACCAUCAACUGAUUACGUUAAUACAACAUAAAAUGUAUAAGUCAAAUAAGAAAUGCGGUUUGUAUUCCUAUAUUUUGCACGUGCAUGUGAACAGCAGAACAAUAAGAGGGCAGUGAAAAUGGAAAUCAGCGUUCCAGUAGGGAGAAUGACUCAAUCUCUAUGUAAGACGAAUAUUGUAUAGACUACAUACAACUAAUUAGGGUACACGUUAGACAAAGACAGAAAAAUGUACAAUAACUGACGAACCGACAAGCAGAAAUACGUGGACAGCGGAAAAAGCUACAAACGAAGGAAAUACUAAACUACCAAAUUCUAAUCUUCUGAUUUCUCCAUGUCUCUAUUUUUUUACUCUUUCCAAAUUUAUUUCACUG